UCUAGAGCAGCGCGCCAACACUCAAUAUCCGCUUUUGGUUGUUUUCGUUUAUUCAAAUACGCGUAUUGAACGGCAUUCAACUAACUCAACAAAAAUUCGUUAAUCUCUUGAAAUGUUUACAGCGAUACUUCGCAUUCCUCCAUUCGGUGCUGGCUAUUUGGCGAAGUACAGCGGCGGCGGUUUGUUGUGGUUUCACUCGACAGCGACGUGAUUCAUUAUUCGUUGAAGUUUUUUUGAUUUUGUAUGGCUUUCGCCUGCAUUUAUCGCAAACGCAACUUUCGCGUAUUGCAACCAACUGCUGUCGGUUCGCUCCACAGUUCGGUUUUUUGGCCGCUCGCUGAUAUCAUCGCUUCGAUUAGUUUUAAUGGUUCGGCAAGCCGUUCUGAUAUCACUGCUGCAAAUAUUUCGUGGUCAAAGCAGCCGAGCAGUCGAUCUCGCAGAAGUCCUCUAUCUUAAUCAUCUACGGACGUUUGUCUUCGGUGCUUGUUUAAUUCUUGAAACAAUCAAAAUUAAUUUCCAAAUAGUAAUUGAUAAAUUGUAACACAUUGCAUAUUGUUAACCUUGAAUGCUACGCAGUGCCGCGCGGGCGUGAAUUAUCUACAAAAUUCUCUUUUCAUAAAUAGCGUCCAUAUUUUUCUUGUCUUGUGCCAAGAAAUUCCAAGGCGUUCGCACUUGAAUUUUCGCAAAAAUAAAACAAAGUGCUGUACAAAUAGUCAAAUGUGUAUAUACAAAGUAUUUUUUGUUUGUAUAUUUUCGGAAAAAUAAAAUCUGAGCAUAUGAAGAAUAAAAAUUAAAAAUUUUCAUUUGGUGAAUUACACAAUCAGUGAAACUGCGAAGCUGGUGUGGUGAGAUUUACAUAAUAUUUACGCGCACAAGCAGGCAUCGAACAGUGAAGACCUGCAUAGCCAGCCGGCGGCGCUAGUGACGAUUUGUGGCCUGUCGGAGUACCGCGCAUCUCGUGAGCGCGCUGCAAGAGGAAAGUUUUUAGUGAGCUCCGCAAAAAGUUCGGUUCGGUGGUGAAUUUUUGUGCGCUUGUAGAUUCCACACUCGCUUGUGACUGAUUGACGCUCUCAAUUCGACCGACGACUAUUCUUUUUUUAUAAUUCUUCAAACCCACUAAACAAUUUUAUUGGCAUGCAGUUCUCAAGUGCAUCAUAAAAUUAAACAAAUUUAGUCAUACCUUUUAUGCGUACGCGUCUUAAGGUCGCAGAAAGCAUUAGUUUUAUUGUGCAAAACUUAUGCGGCUUGGAAGGAAAAUCGCACACUUAAUUACUUUUUGACAUCUUCAUAUUUUAGACGAAAAAAUUCGAAUUUAACUCAUAGUAAAAUAAAACCGAUACGAAAUGGGUGAUGAUCUGUUGCCCGAACUCGGUGAUCUUGUGUUUUCGGUGCUCAUCGGUUAUGCCGGUGCCUUGGAAUUCCUUUAUGUAGUUCGCCAUUUAUAUCAUUGGAGCUUUGGUCACUUGAAUGCAACGCAAAAUGACGCAGAAAGUCUACGACGACUUCAGGAACGUAUGCGCAGUGAAUUGACGGAAGCAGAAUCUAAAGAACGACAAGCUGGUACCGAAGUCAUGAAAGAUGGAGUGCUUUAUAAAGACGGCUUUCGAAUAAGUGCAGAACAGCUGGAGAUAGAUCGCUUAAAAGCUGCACAAAAUUCUCCAGAAGCGCGGGAGAAGCGCAAAAAAGAAAUUGAGUUGGAACUAAGACGCCAACAGAAGAUUGAAGAUGAGACACGAAAGCAAUUGACUGAGGCUGAAGCGAAAUUAGCCGAAGAACGAAAGCAGGCUGCUGAAGAGCUCGCGGAGCAACAGGGAAUAGAAGAAGAAGAACGUAAGUUAUUGGUAGCGGAACGUGCGCGCGAAGAGCAACAGAAAAUGCUAGAACAACAGAAGGAAGCAAUGGAAGAAGCACGCAAGCUUGCAGAAAUAGAGCGACUGCGCAAAGAAGAAGAGCACAGAAGAGAAGUAGAAAACAAUGAACGUAAAGAGUGGGAGGUAGCUGAAUCCAAAAAAGCGGAAGAACAAAGGCGUCGUCGGCAGGAAGAAGAAGCACGUAGAGCGUCAGAAGAAGAGGAACUUAGGCGCCAACAAAAAACAGAAUCCGCACGUAUAGCAACGGAGGAGGAGAAACUUAAGCAUCAAGGAGAAGAAACUACACGUUUAGCGACAGCGAAAGCAGAACUUCAGCACCUAGAAGCAGAAAAUGUAGCGGCAGAACAGAAAGGUGCAAAAAAAGAAGAAGAUCAAGAAGACAAAGCAAAAGAAGCUGUUGAGGAAACAAUAAAGCUUAUAGCAGCAGAGAGACAACUGGAGUUAGAACAGCUUAGAAAGGAAAUGGACUAUUCGGUAGAAGCCGAAGCCAUUGAAAACGAAAGGAAAUUGUUUGAAGCGGAACGACUGCGAGAAGCAGAACAGCGAAACCAUGAUCUGGAAGACUGGGCGCCUAAGGAAAAUGCAGAAGAGCACUUGGAAGAGCGUGUUUAUAAGAACGAAAUACAUGCAAGUUCGAAUCCAAAGAAAGUAGACGAACCAGAAACCUUGGACAGCUUAAUGCAACUGCUCGAUGCUGAAAGUGAGCGCAAUUUACGUGAAAAAGAAUUUGAGGAGCGUGCAGCACAAGAGCGUUUAGAAAGGCAAAAAUUAAUCGAAGAGAAUGCUCGUAAGUUUCUCGAAGCCGACCAUGAAAUGGAAGAAUUACUGGAAAACGUACAAAAGCAGCGUCGUUUCUCAGCUACUGAGAGUACACCACAAUCUCCAGUUUUCGAAGAACCAUGUGUCAAAAAAACGAUGAGUCCACUCUCCGAUAACUCAGACAGUGGAGGCGAACGUUUGACGCAGACGGUUAAAACACAGUUUGGGCAAACCAGCAAUGAAUCAUAUUCUUUAUCAACGAAGCCGUUGCUCUUUAAGAGUAUAUCCGAUGAUACUCCAUCUUUUGAGCUUCAGAGCUCGUUAAGUGCACAACCAUCAGGAGAAUAUGACAUCGGUAGAGAUGGAACAACUGAGAAUAAAAUAGAUGUGCAAUUCUCACAAUUGGAACGACAAGAACCAGACGGUGGAGAAGAAAACGAUACAUCAGCCUCUACACAAUACACUGAAGACUACUUGCGCUCACUCGAUGGCAUAAAGCAACGCCCAUUGGUACGUGAGGAUGGUUCUGGACGCCGACGUGCUUUUAAAAAGCGUCGUUCCAGUGGCAGUUCGAAUUCAUCGUUCGAGUCACGCGCCUCACGGGAAGAGGAAGUCAAAAUGUUCACAUCGCUAGAGGAGGAAGAACUACAACCUAAGAAAGAGGGUGAUACGGAUUUUACUCCAAUCACAUACGCAAGUGAACCAUUGUUGAAGGUAAAAUUGCCUAGACGACGUCACAAGCGUAGUCCAGCGAAAGAUGCCAAACCAAGCGACAACAAUGUAAGAGGUUCACUAGAGAUGCUUGACGAAGAAGCAAAUACCAAUCCAUGGGGUGAAGUUACUCCUGAGCACUACAAGGAUAUGCCAUUUUGGAAACGUGAGAAGUCAAUGUCCAUCGAUGAGGAAGCCAUCGAACUCGAACCUCCUGCCACGAAAACCGAGGCAAAAAAAGACAAUAAUGCUAGAAAUGUGCCACAGGCCGCAGCUUUCGAAGAAGCUACACAUACACAAAACGAGGAAGCUAUAACAGUCUUGCAGCGACAACAGACGAAGGAAGAGCAGGAGUCUGCUGUGCAGAAGUCAGAUUCAGUAGAACCAACACGAGCAGACAUACAAUCGAAUCUUAAGAUCACACACGAAGUAUCACCCGAUUCUCCGAUUUCCCAUAAAUCUGCUUCUCCCCGCUUACGUCGCAGUCCGCGCAUUGAAGAAAUGGAUCAGUAUGAAGAAUUGUGGAACAAGACAAACGAUUUGCUUGCUGCGGAAGAAGCUUUAACACCCACUCCAUCAAUCACUGUUGACAAAUCACCAGACAUUGCGCCUUGGCGUGAUCAAUAUGGGCUUCUAAUGGAAGGGAUCAGUGAUUUUUAUGAUUUUACCGCUUCGGUGAAUCCAUCCCGUUCACGUUCCGCAUCACGUCAAGCUUCGCCAGCAUCUUCGCAGCCUAGUACGCCAAUACCAAAGAAUGUGGAAUUUGUGUUUAGUAAAGAUAGGCAAGAGACCUUGGAAAUAUAUGAUGACACAGGCUCCGUACUGGAAACAGAGCUUACGAAGGAAAAUGUAGUGGAAUUUAUAGAAUCUUUACAAAACGACUGCGUAAAAUUGUCUCAAACAAUUGGAGAUCAAUUAAAAUUUGUUGCCGACGGUUUGGAAUGCGAUUCACAUAAAGAAAUGAGGCUGUUAGUCCAAACAUUACGCGUGGAAAGACAAUCUAGAUCUCAUUCGCGCUCACCACUGCCCACAGAAGAUCAACUCGGACAUAGUUUGGAGAUGCGUCGCAAUAAGUUAAUUAAACACAACGAUGCUCUUUUUGAAGCUUUAAAUCGUCAAUCAUCGGAUAAUUCUAAUGCAUCCGAGCAGACAUCAAAUACUAUUGAAUCCCCACUCAACUCUGUAGAUAUAAGAUUAUUAGUCGAAAGCCAACGAACUCGAACAAGAUCCCGUUCGCGGUCACCCCUUCCAACUCCUGAUAAUAUAGAACGUAGUUUGGAAACACGACGUUCCAAACGUAUUCGGCAAAAUGAUGAGCUAGGUGAAAAGCUUGGUUUAGAUUCUAGUAUAAGUCGUAGAACAAGUCCAACGGAGUCUUCCAUUGAACUUUCACCUGAUUCUCUAACAGGUUUUGAGGAGGAGCACUCAAAAGAGAGCAUGAAUCUCUUAGUUCAAUCUCUUCGCGUGGAAAGAACAAAAUCAGGUUCAUGUUCGCGGUCUCGUUCACCCUUACCAACGGCAGAAAACCUAAGAACUGGCUUGGAACAGCGACGGAGGAAGAAAAUAGAACACAACGAUGAACUUUUUCAACAGCUUCAUAUCAAUGUACCAACAUUUAUGGAGGACACUCCAAAGAGGAAAAUAAUCACGGCACCGGUUAUAUCGAUACAAUGUUGUAAUGAAGAAUUCGAAGGGAGGUCUUCAUAUAUUGCACAGGAAAAAAGUGAAUAUUCAGUAGAGAGUAUGACUAGUUUGGUCGAGUCACUACGCUUACAACGUUCCCGGUCAAAAUCACCGAUGCGACAUCUUGAACGCAAUCGUACGCCUGAGCCGAGCAACAUACGCGUAGGUAUAAUGGAAGUCAGUCAAACGAGUGGAGGGGAAGAUGAACAUGAACGAAGGUCACGAACGCCAUCACGCUCAGUUUCCGUUUCACCCACACGCAUCAGCACGCAUUCUCCAUCACAACCUUUUGAAGAAAUAGACUUUCACGUGAUGUUAAAUCUAGAAGCCUCACAAAAUCGAACACUUUCCAAGUGUAGCGAAGAAAUAGAGAGCAUACUGGCUGAGAAGCAACGCCAAGUGGAUGCAGACGCUUUACGCAAAUUGAGUAACGCCAGUGAAGAAAUAGAGCUCCGUACCUUGACGCCAACAUCACCAGUUGUACCUAAAGAUAAGGACAAUUUGAUGACCUUGUCUAUAGACGAACGUAUGCGUCAACUACGCUGCUCACCGACGACGCCCGAUUACGAUCGCACCAUAUCGCAAGAGAGGAGUGAUGUGCAGCGCAUAAAGGAUGAAAUGUUGACAAGUGGAUUUAAGCGCUCCACCUAUGUCGGUGAAUCAUUGGAUCUUGGCAGUGAAUUUAUGCUAUUACGUGAGCAGACAGCACGUUUCCGACGCUCACGUAGUCCAUCACUCUCACUUAUUAUUACCGAGUCAUCUGAAAAAGCGGGUGAACGCCGGCAGGUACAGGACAGGAUAUUGGCCGAACUAAUUUCGGCUUCAGAACAAGUUGCAGUUGAAGAACGUUUGGGGGCGAAACCCAAAGAGAUGCGAGAUAUGAAGUCAAAAGACAAGCAGCAUCCAGAGUACGAAGAGCUGCGACGAAUAAAUGCAAAGUUUCAGCGAUCUCGUAGCCAAAGUCGUUCGCCACUUCGCGACAUCGAAACUAAAGAAGUGGUUAAAAUUGAGGAAGAAGCAGCAAAACGCGAGUUGCAAGACAGAAAAACUGAUUUAGAAAAGGCAAAUAUUAAUUUUCAAGAGUUCUCCCGAUAUCUAAAUGCCGGUUUCUUGGAUAAUGAACGUAGGGCUUCUGACUCAGCCCUUAUCCAAAAACCGGAAAUUAUAGUUCAACUACAGGAGCUUGAAGAAGAUUUUGAAUUAGAACCCGAAAAUUAUCACCAUUUUCGACGUUUCUCAUUGAAUCAGGAACAAUCGAUUGAAGAAUAUCCUAAUGAUGAUUUCGUUUAUGUUUCACAAAUCGAAGUACAAACGCCUAGCGGUACACGCACAUGGAUAAGAGAAGACUACUACAGUGAAGAUUUUGAUCAGUUGAAUUUUUUCACAGAUGCAAAUAUUGGCCCCACAAUAGGCGUUUAUAAUGAAUCAUUAGAAGCAUUAGAAGAGCAACUGCAGGUUGCAGAGGAGGAAGAAACUGAUGGUAGCGAAGAUGAGCGACAAACCGUGGUCGACGUAGACGAUGAAAUAGACGAGGACAUUUGUGAUUUUAACGAACGUGGUCCAGCCGAUGAGUCCCACCACGAGCAAUCCGAAUGCGAAGAAGCAGAGCGUGAGAUGGAUCAUUAUGCUGGCAGAGAUGCCGAUGACUGGCAGCGUGUAGAAAAUAUCGACGAAUUGUUAGAAGAGCAGAUCUUGUCAGCUAAUGAGGAAGGCGCCGUUGGCGGUACUAUUUCUGCAUUGGACUAUGAUUCAGAUUCGGUGGCGAUCGACGAGAUUUACGAUGAGGCAAUAAAGAAUCGAAAACAGUCAGGUAUACUACGGGAUUAUGAUAGCAUUUUAAAUGAAAUGCAAAAGAGCUAUUUGAAUAAAGAGGUCGCAGCCGAUGGCAGUGAAGGCGAUGUGAGUGCUACCAGCGAUACUUAUCGUACGAAUAAGGGAGCCAAUAAGAGGAACGAGAUCACGUCUUCACUGAAACUUAUAAAUAAUGAGCGCCGCGAGCGUGAGCAGCGGUAUCUGGGCGAUGCAAGUGUUGCUGAGAGACAGUCAACGCGGUUACGCACACGGUAUGGCUAUGCACCGCAGCUGAAUGUUAAGGGUAUGGAAGAUUUAGACAUUGAAGUAGACCUAAGUUAUACGCCAAAACGAGAGUAUAACUGGCGUAAGAAUUUCAAAAUAGACGAAGAUGAGGAGAACUCCAAUAAAUCACAAUUUCUCGAUACGGAGAUAAAUAUGAAUGAUAACAUGAACAACGCAAAUCAAUAUUUGGAUUCGCGGAAAUUUAGUCUUGGUGGUGAGAGCAUAACUCUUUUCAGCCAAGGUGCGGAAGGUGUGUGCUAUGUUGCUGAUGAGGAUCAACAGAACACCGAAACUAUAGAGAAAGAGAAGGAGUGCUCAAAUGAGCUAAAUGAGCCAUUGCAGAUGGAAGGAGCAGAAUUAUCCCUGGAGAAAUCCAAGAAAAAGAAGAGUAAAAAGAAAUUACGCAAGGAUUCCAAAUGUAAUAGCCUCGAAUUUGUUACGAAAGAUGAUGAUGAUUCAGAGUCACACAUCCACACUGGUAUACAUGAGGGUAUUGAAACCGAUUCACCUAAACGCAUAAAAGCGCGCUCCCGCCGCAACUCGAGAAAUAGUUUGACCAAUGAGGAAAUAAACAGUGGGCCGUUUUCACCACGUAGCAGUCUUGUGGGCGAAGAGACAACCGAUAAUUUGGUAGAUAAUUUAACAACAACAGUUACCAACAAGAAGAAGCUCAAAAAGCGUAAAAAGACAAGGGAAACAUUUGUCAUAAUGGAAUCCGACAUUAAAGAGGAGCUUGCGGCGGAGGAAACUGAACUUUCCUCUUAUUUCGAUUUAACCCUCAAAGUACCAACAGCGUCGGCAGCGGUCUCACCCGGCACAAUCAGCAUUAAUCCGCUCGCUACGCUGAGUCCACAAAAUAGCAUCUGCACGCCGAGCAGCUCCUUGGACUACGAAACACCCGAACUAAAGGAGCUGAACAGUGCCUCGUCCUCCGCUGUAGGCUCACCCAAACAACAGGAAGUGGACACACCCGCUGUAGAAGCGAGAAUUUCGGCAGCAGCUAAUGCUUUAACAUCUACACCAACAACAACACCAGAAGCGAUAGUAAUGAUGGCUACGCGCACCUCUACUACCCCCACCACUACAACAAGAACAACAGUGGAUACAUUUGAUAUCCUCAAGGACGCUAAUUUUUAUCCGCUUUUCUAAUUAACGCUGCAAACAGAGUCAUAGUUGAAAAGAAAAUCUGAAAAAACGAAACCUCAAAUAGCCUCACACUGCACCCGCUCCUGCACCUACACCUAGCAUAAAACAACUUGAAAAUAUAUACAUUAACAUGAGUUCUGUUAAGUUCAUGCCAAAAUGCAGCCGCAUUGAUAGCAAGCAAACGUAUCUGCUCUCCUCCAGCGCGACAUUAAACGAAAUCCAAUGAAGAAAUCUAAAUUGAUCUAAAAGACACAGACCCACACGAACACUUUUUUCUUGUAUUUAAUUCAUUUUUAUUGAUACGAAUUUGAGUAUUUCAAAAUACCGACGAUGUUCUUAAAACGAAGAUUUAUAUUUCUAAACAUGUAUUCACGCUUACAUACAUAUCCUUUAAAUAAAGUAUUUACGUUAUUAUAAAA